CGGCGUUCAUAUGUGAUCCGGCGUUCAUAUGUGAUCCGGCGUUCAUAUGUGAUCGGCGUUCAUAUACCCUUCUGUCUACCUAGACAGAGUAGGUACUCCGUACGCAUAACUGCCAAAUCCGCGCUUAAAUGCGCCCAAUCGUCGAGAAAUGAGACCACGGACACCAGCAUGGACCAGGCAUGGACCAGGGGGUCGUCGUCUCCAUUCUCCCAAUUCGAGAUACUCUGGAGUAUACUAUACAGACAGGACUCCAUCCUUCCUGCCUCAUCCCUCAUCCUUCCUACCUGCAAAUACAUAUGACUGGUCCAUUGCUCUUUCCUUCUGUAGCGCUGUCUCACCGCAUGAUUUGACUGAUUGACCUGCUUCAACUGCAUCGCAUACGCAUACGUACACUUACCCGGCCGGCCUUCUUUUCUCUACACAAGCCAGGCCGUGUGCGGAAUCUCCGCUCGAAGCUGCAAAGCUGCCCGCCGUUGUGAGCUGUCAGUUACCCCGUCUCAGCCCCGUCCCCAUAGGCAGCAAACCAUCACUUUGCCACGAGUCGAUAGCUUCAAACCAAUACUCCUCGACUAUUGGCGUGGAAACGCGGGACCACACAUCGUUGCAGGAGAGUCGAUUCUGUCACCCCCAGCUUCCUGCUUUUUGCCACUGUCAUAUUUAUUCCCCCCAUCAUGUCGGUCUUGCAUCCCGAUCCUCUCGCCAGUUCGGGUCUUCAUAAUACGCAGCAUAUCCCACCCCGAUCUUUUUACACCUCCGCCGCUCUCUCCGCAUCCGUACCCUCGAAUAUCGACUCCAACCGCCCCGGCCGUGGUGAGAUGUUUGCCGAGUUCGCUGGUCGACCAUACUCAUCAAGCGGCACCUCCAUCCCAGCGGGACCACGAAUACCUGGACCAUCACGACGAAAGAACUUGAGCGAGAUGAUUGGAAUAACGAGCGAAGAGGAGUUUGAACGCCUCCCAAUUGCUGUUCGACGCAAGUAUUUCUCGACAUUGGAAAGACUGCGACUUUCCCAGAAUUCUUCGUCGGCACCCAGCGACCUCAAUCUUCCUGUCUCGAGAAAACGUCCCGUUGCACGACGACGACUAAGGAAAAAGUCAAUCGCGAAGUCAAUUCCACAACCCUUUACUCUCUCGCCCACCCCCCAACAAUUACGAGGGUCUCGAUCAAAACCCGUCACUGCUGCAGAGGUUGCGUGGUUCAUGUCAUUGCCAGACAAGAUUCGCAGAAAACAAUUCACUAAAGAAGAGCAACUUUACUUCACCAGCCGGCGAGAUAGCGUUAUCCUCGACGCAGCGGACGAGGCCAUUUACAAAUCCAGUCGUCGGAAUAGGACCGUUACUCCCAUAAGCCAACUGCCACCAAGUCCGACACGAUUAAGUAUGGAUUCGUCAAUUGGAAGUGUAAUGUCGGAACGCCCCACCAGCAUCGCACUAGCAAUGGAGGAGAGCUUCCGGUGGAUCGAUGAAGAUAACGACUUGGACCUUCGACUAGUUCUCGAUGAUUAUCACGCAAAUCUUCCAGGAACGGUCAUCCCCGACCCCGCAUCAUCCGUUCGCCCCUCUUUUCGCCGUCACAUCUCCAUCAGCAAGAUUCCUUUCGGUCGCUCAUCACUCUCACCCCCGGCACGUGCCGCUUCAAUUUCCGGUUCGUCGCAGCCACCGCCAACGCCCUCUAGGGCACCUUCAAGAACGCUCUCCAGGGCAGCCUCCCAAAGCCAAAGCCACACUCGGCAACGGUCUCGGGCCGUGUCCCUCAUUAGCCCACGGUACACACCAGAAUCGCCUCGAAUGCCCAUAGAUCGCUAUGCAACCCACUAUCAAGACCCGGAAGCUCGCCUGAAGCUGCGCGUCUAUCUCGCCUCUCCCCAGAAGUUCGACGAAGCCAUCGAGUUCGGCUUCCCUAGCACAGAUGGUGUUUCGGAUCCAUCUGUGGAAAAGAAAGUGAUACAUCCCCCGAACAUCCGCGUCACACGGGACAGCGCCCACACGGUCCGUCCCGCGGUCCUCAGUCCGAGUCCACACACAUUCUUCGACGACGUUGGAAGUCUCUUGGACGAUGAUGUGUCGAUGCCCGACCUCGAUUCACCGCUUACGCCGAUGGACGGCAGCUUCCAAGCUCCCCGUGCGAGUCACGGGAGGCUGAUGAGCCUCGGUGGUUCCGGUGCUGACGAGUUCAUGCACUUUGGGAUCCGCAAGCCCAUGCUGCACAAGCACACCGAGAGCUACAGCCUGGCGAGUGCGGGGAGUCGAGAGAUGACCCUUCGGAUGACUCUUACACGACCUGAUCUCAGAGCAGAUGAGGGGACGCUCUACGGAUGGCAGUGGCACGGGCUGGGACUGGGAAUUAAAGAGAAGACUAAGAGCCAAAUUACCCUGGACUCCCUGCCAAUGGAGGAGAAGCUUCCCAUCAUGCGUGGACCCCUAGAGGGACCUGAUGGCUGGGGCCUGCAAGACAAAGACGACAGCGUCGUCAAGCGGCUAUGGAACCGCGUCCGCAGCGGCCAACGGAAAACAAGCACAGGCUCUGGAUACUAGCCUAGACGGCGCGCGCCUCAGAGAGUUUGUUUCCUUGCGCGGUAUUCGGUGGGACAAACAAACAAAUUAUGAGCAUUUUUAGCGAGUUUUGAUUUAUCUUGAAUAUUACUUCAUUUUAUUUUACGGCCAGCGGUUUGCGAUACCCCCGAUUUAUUCUUGGGGAAAGACCACUCUUUGUUUGGGUAGGGGGGGGUUGGAUUCGGAGUGGGUGAGCGGGGUCAAUUGCGAUCCAUUGUACAGUAUCAAUAGCCAGUGCGGCACCCGAUUGUCAUGGAAACUCUUCCUUUUUGUCUUUUUUUUAGGGAGGGGAGAUGGCCAUGGGUUGGUUAGGUUGGGUUACAUACCGAACGGCAAGGGGGGAUGACAUAUAUGAAGUACAUAGUCAAAGUAUUUUCUAAUCAUCAAGACUUUGUCACGCCCAUUUUUACUGCUCCCCCUAUUUUUUUUUUGCUUGAGCUGUGCGAUUGGAUGCCUGUUGUGCGCGGGGAGAUGCAGGCGGUGAGGGGGGGGAUUGUCGGUGUGUUUCGGGGUUGCGGUAUGUGGUGUGCGAGGUAAAUCAGGGGUGAU